AUGCGCCCUAGGCCCAUUACUCCAUUCGCCCCUCCCCAAAGUAACACAGGUUUUGGUCUCGCAGAACAGCGUUGCAUCAACCAGAGUCAACCACACUGUGCCUACUCUGCUGCCACUGUGCUCCAGGCGUCCCAGGUUGCUCUUUGGAAAGCGGUCUUUCGUCCAUGUUUUGCCGGACCGUUUCGCGCCUUCGCUAGGGACGCUACCGCCAUUUCGUUGCGCAUUGUUCUGGGUUCUGUGAAACUUGGUUGUGGUCUGCAUCAGAAAGCGAAAUGUCGACCGAUUUGCGCACUUCCAGUACACCCCCUAGCCGGUGGUGGUGGAAGGGGUGGCGCGCGAGCGUGCGUUCACCCGCGCACGGCUCGUGGGUUCGUGGGCGCGCUUUCUCGCGCGCGGGUUUUCAUGCCGGCGUCGGCGUCCGCCCGCCAAGAAGCCCAUGAUUCCUGUGGUUUAUACGGGGGUGUAGGUGUUGGGUUGGGUUGGACCCGGGAAAUGCAGAAAACGAAGAUCUUUGUGGGGAGACUUCCUGAAGAGGCCCAGUCACAAGAUUUGAGGCGGCUUUUUGAACAAUAUGGAGUUGUUACAGAGUGUGAUAUACUCAACAGAUAUGGAUUUGUUCACAUGAAAACUGAAGAAAUGGCUGCUCGAGCGAUCCAAGAGCUUAAUAAUGCUGAAUUUAUGGGAGUACAAAUCAGUGUGGAGCAAUCGACUGGCAAGAAGAGUGGUCGUGGGGCCACACGUGGUGGAUUUGGUCCAAUGCGUGGACGUGGAACCAUGCGCGGUGGGAUGGGUAGAGCUCCUCCUUACAUGAGAGAUGGUCGAGGGGAUUACGAUAGACGCCCUGGCAUGCCUCCUCCUCCCUCCAUGCGUAAUGGGUACUACGACAGCUAUGAUCGUGGCUAUGACAAUUACUAUCCGUCUCGAGGACCUCCUCCACCAAUUAUGCCAUCCAGAGACAGUAGGGACCCUGAGAGGCGAUCGUAUCCCGAUAUGAUGAGGGCACCGUAUGAACGUCGUUCCUUCUCAGAAGUCGGGCGCAGUCCAUAUGACAGACCAAGCAUGCCUGGUGUUGCGUCUUUUGAGCGUCGCAGCGAUUACAGUGGAUCUCGAAUUUCUUCAGAUAUUUAUCGCCGAAGAACCCCUCCUCCACCUUCAAGCUAUGGUGGUGCUGGCUAUGAAAGAGAGAACAUGGAUCCGUAUGGACCACCUGCACGCCGGUAUGACAGGGAAAACAUGGAGCCUUUUGGUCCACCGGUGCGACGGUAAGACUCUUGAAUACCCCCUGUUCUUUCAUUCUCAGACUAGUGGCUGGUGACAUGCUAAAAAAUGCGUUGUGGCGUGUGCUGAUGGUGCUGAGCAGUCUGUCCGUGUGCUGUAAUCUGGUAUUGUGGUGGUAGCGUUAGGCCUGACAGGACAGUGCUCAUACGUUUGAGCCUUGUUGCCAGGCUUUACUUAGCAUAAUGGAAUUUCAGACCUGGUUUGGUAUAAUUGUGCACUGCGAGUGUUGAGCGAGUCAAUCAGAAUUCAUUCUGUAACUUUUCUGACAGCAUACAAAACUUUCGCAGGUGGUGUAUGAAUACUGGCGUCGAAAUGGGCUGGUGAAUCAGUAUGGUAUGAGCGUGUGCGCGCGAAAAGUGCAGUGUCUCCAGCUAGCGCAAACUUUGUGUGGGGACCAUGGAGCGUCAAAACUGUCUGUGAUGCUCACCUGUAACAACUUGCAUCUUCUUGUUGUGCCGUAGCUACCCAGCGCCAUCUCCUCUCGAUCGUGACAUGUCGCUGGCCCGCCGAUUCUAGGCGUACCAAAAGUCCAUACGAUCGUGUGCGUCGUGUCGCUGUUGUUGAAAAGCAAGAACUGCAGACAACGCUCUGGUGGCAGCGGUGGCAAACACUUGGAGACAUCUUAAGCUUUUUUUUUCCUUCAGUUUUAAUCUCGAAAAAUGCAUAAUCAUUAGUCUAGGAAACUUGCUUCUUAGUCAUAAAGACAAUCAUGAAUGAUAACGAAUGAAAUGUUAAAAAGAAGGAAAGGGUGCGUCAGAUGUGUAAGUUAAUACUCCACUCUAUUCAAACUCUUCAGGGAUGGGAUGAGAACAAGUGAAUACUGUGUUCAUGACGCAGACUAUGCAACAAUGCAACCUUUCUUAAUAUCCAUAUUAAGUUUCUGCCCAUUUCAGCAUAGUCACAGUCAAAUGUAUUUUAAUCGUAAUUUGGAUCCUACGAAUUGACAUGAAAAUUAGGUUUGCCUUUAUACAUUUUAUUUUGACUUGGUCUUCCAUAUCCUGAUUGAGUUUAUCACCAUCAUUCAUUGUAACCUUCUGUAAUAAAUAAAUCGAAUUUUCUUAGUAUAUUUUGUUUUUUUUUUCUUCUAUUGGUGGGACUUUUGUUUCCUGUAAACACUAAACCUGGGAGAGAUUUUUCUGAAAUUAGUACUUGUGUAUGUUUCAAUAAACAGAGAAGAAACAAUAAUUUGUAGGAAGGACUUCAAAUUAGUUGAACUGUGGGGAUUCCACGAGGAAAGGAUAAUGCUGAUUAUUUGUUGGGGUUGGUAAGUAUAUUAGUUACUUUCUAACUAACUUUCAUCUGUUUGGGGAUAAUCAGUGGGAGGAUAUUUAGACUGCGCAAGACUCUUUAGGACUCGUGUAUUUGUAAGUGAAGUGCUAGAAUUGUUUCUAGCUUGGAAAAAUUAGUUCUGUGAACAGGAUGCUUUUUAAAUUUUGUACUUUUCCUUUCUAAUCUAGAAUAUACAGAAGUUUUAAAUAGGCAUUGAAGUGGAUGGAAGUUCUGUAGAUUUGUGAUACACAAGUUGUUGAAAAGUGACAAAGCAUAACCCCUUUUAGACAGAAGGUUGUAUUUUGUACAAUUUUUGUUAGUCUGCUUUAGUUGGUUUAAAUUUCAUCUAAAUUUGCCACUCUUGUUGAUUGACAUAAUAUUUUUGAAAAGUUGAACUCCUAGUGUUUAAUGAACUUAUUAGCCUGGUUGUUACAAUGAAAUUGUUUAGGAACGUGACUAAGUUGCUACAUUGUGAAAUCCUAUGACUAUGGUAUAUUAAUGGAGGCAGUUAACAAGUCUGAUUUGAAAUGAAAACGUGAAAGAUAACAGAUUUGUAAUGUAAUUAUUUCAAAUGUAUGAUAAAUUAUGACCCAGCUAAUAUUCAAAAUGUAAAAAUUUGAAAAUGUUUCUAUACAUAUCUUAAAACUUUAAACUUGCUUAGUUAUUAAACAACAAUCGUGCAUAAUGAUUUAAGAUGCCAAAUUCAGAGGUGAGAUAGUGGCAUUUAUUUUGAAGCUGAAAAUAUUUUGCGAUUACUCAGGGAAAACCUUUCAGAAACGAGAAGUGACAUCCUUGGUUUUUGCCCUUGUAAUUUCUAUACACUGGUCAUUAGUGCGUUUCCCAAUUCAUGAAGUAUUGCCCCAUUUUAUGUAGAAAAUGCAUGAGAAUUUCAGUCAAUUACAUUAAUUAUUUAGCAAAAUGCUUUUUUUUUGUUGCAACCGAAGUAAAUCUUCCAACUGCAAUUGCUCAAUGUUGAUAAAAUUAAUUGAACGUCUGGCUGUUGAAGCUUGAUUUCCUAGCUAUAUUGAUAGGUUUUGUUUCAUGUUUGGGACAUAAUUUUUAUUUGUGAAGUUACAUAUUGAAUUGAUGUCCUUAUGAAGAACUCUAUGAUAUGAACUUAGGGACCAAAAGAAAUACUUGGAAGGUAAAACUCAACAAAUUUAAAAUGUUUGUUUUUCAUUUAAAUAAGGGAUUCAUUUUCAUGGUGGAUCCAUUGGGUUACACUCAUUAAUGAAUUUUGGAGUUACUUUCAUUUGCACACUUUAACAUGAGUACUGGCAGGAGAACCUGGUGAGAAUAAAGCAUACAAUUUUGAUUAGAAAGUUAUGAGGAGAAGAACUUGAAAAUGCACAACUUGUUAAUAUGAUGUGGAUUACUGAAGGAGGCAACCUAUUUUUGUUUCAUAACCAAUACGAACUUCCAGGAGUAGUCGAAGAGUUGUUUAUUUUCACUUGCUCAUGAAAUAAGACUUCCAGGUAUAUUUUACUUGUGCAAUUCAUUGCGUCAAUUUUUUUAGGGUCAUUGACCUAAAAUAAAUGUUUAAGUAAAAGGUAUGGAUCUGUAGUUACACCAAUUUAAUGUACAAAUGGAAUUUUUGAUAUCUUUGCUUAAAGUAUGUAAAUUAAACUGCAGGAGCAACCAGUGUCCACAAUUUACCUUGGUUGCUUCUAUUUCCCAUGGCCAAAUGUACAUGUAGACAUUCGUGAAAUUUAUUGUGGUACGUACUAAUUCCAUUUUCUGCCCCGCCCCCCUCUUUUUCUAAAUUUUUUUUAAACCUAUGUUUAGUGUGUUUUGGGGAUUUCAUGUUCUUUGCAUUUAUUUUCUGUUGAGAUCCGUGAUUCCAUUCCAAAACAUUUCCUGGGAAUCUUAUGAAGCUGUGGGUGCAUGAUAUUUGAUAAGAGGGUGUUUUGAAUAGUGGGAGUUGAUUUUGCAAAAGUUUCCCGGAUCAAAGCAUCAUGAGCUGCAUAGGAAUUUAGGACUAUAUGGUUUGUUUAAGUAGAUACAGGAGCAAAUAGUUUUUUGUGUUAUUAGAUACUCGUGGAAUUGAAAUGUUACUGUUUGUAUGAAUAAUUUGCUAUUAGAGACAGUCAUUGAAAGUACAUACUAUUGCUAAAGAUAAUUAGGAGUGGCAUAAUGGGUUAAUCAUAUCUUUAACAUGUAUGUAUGGGCCUGAGAAAGGUCAUAUGUUCUAUAUCAUUUCAUAUUAUGUAUUAGUUAUGUGAUUGUCUACUCCAUGUGCCAUCUUGAAAAUUGAUGCAAAAAAUACAGAUUAUUUAAAUAAAUACGGAGAAAUUUCUGUGAAUUCCUGUUGUCCUCAC